UUAGCGGUCACCAAGCUUUCUUGAUCGACGCGGCAAACCGAGCGAUUCAAAGCCACGUUGAGACCAAAAUCGACAUGUUGGCGCCGUCCACAACACAAAGCAAUAGCUACAGCGCGUCAAGCACGGCUAUCAACGUCCCACGGACGUAUGCGCGGUCGCUCGCCCUCGGAAACCUCACGUCCAUCGAGUAUGGUAUUGCCUCGCUUCGCCAGCUACCGCCCAACCGAGCACUCAUGGUCUACGCGCACUACUGCUGGGUUGACUUUGCACAAGUGUUUGAGAUUGCACAUACGUCCAAACGGCAAACUCGGUGCGGCCAGCGCUACGCAAGAAACGCUGCCGCGUACUUUGAGUCGGUCUUGCGCAACGUCGACUACGCCGCUUUUCUAAGUGCCUUUGGCGGCCCCGGGAACCUCUUUACGAUGGGACUCCAGACCGGUUUGGAAGAGUCCGCGUAUGGCCGGCAGUGGCUCGCGACGACCGGGAGCGCGCUGGGUAGCACGACCAUGGCAAUGGAGGUCGCGUACUGGCGCCGACAUGGUCUGACGUCGUUUGCGCUGCAGUGGCAAAACUCGUUCGACACGGGGGUCUCAGAAACGAUCUGGCUCCGAAAUGCCAUUGGCAUGACCCAAGCGAUUACCGUAAAAAGCUUGCCGUUCGCAACCGCGAGCUGGACAUCGAUCAAGCUCUACUUUGCGUUUUACAACGACUGCUAUUGCAUGCAGAUUUGCAAUCAGAGCUUGAUAUUCAACACGACCAACGACUUUCGCACCGCGCCUCCCUGCGCGCUCUCGAGUACGGGCGAUUUUGCAGGCCUCCUAGGACUCAACAACUUUGGCACCGACUACAUCAACCAAACGGGUCUCGUCUACUAUGAGGUUGGCCCGUUCCUCUCGAUUGACGCCCUCUACAUUGCAAUCCCAUCGGUGGUCUCGGCCGCGCACACUGCAUUCCAAAAACAUCUCUUUGAGCAACUGGAAGAUUCGCACCACUGGAAGACGUUCCUCCAGCUGCCAACGCUCACUGUCAACCCGACGCCGCCGACGUGGCAAGGUCCUGGCAUGCUCUACUACGGCGGCAACCUCCUCUGUUUGUAUAGUGCACCGCAAACGUAUGUGCAGACCAUGUUUAGCUUUUACGACAACUGCGACCGCCAAGUCCCUGCCGAGCUCGAAUUAUCAGCUCCGAGCCUUUUGUUUGCCUUGGCCAUGACACUUGCGGUAGCCCCGACGUGGAAUGUAUCGGCGAUCUGCGCGCUCCAGACGUCAGCGUUCGACUGCACUGCUGUGCUGACCUCGGGCAUCUCGCUUCUGAGCAAAUUCUCGCCGAUGGACACGGCGCUGCUACGAGCUGCCCACCAGUCUCUACUGACACUCAACCUGAGCCUCUUUCAGUUUGCGACCAACGGCAGUCAGUGGACUAUUCUCACCGAAGCGCUCGUGAACCCUGCUUCGGCACACGUCUUUUUUGGCUACGGCUAUGUCGCCGACUGGGUCAUUGGAUCGCGCGAGGCCGUCUCGUUCGAGGGCGACGCCAGCAUCUUCCCGCUCAUCUCGUCCGCGUACGCGCCGUAUGCGAUGAGCAGCGCGCAGUCUUCGCUCUCGACGGCGACGAGCCUCAUCUUGUACUCGAUCUACUACUCGAGCGCCGUGUUUGUGGGCGUGGCGCUGCUUUGUUUUGGCUACGGCCUCGUGCACUGGCGCCAUCUCGACGGUGUCAACCUCUGGCACUUUCACCGGCUCGUCGGCGCGGUCUGGGUCGGUCGGUCCGUGUCGUUUCUGCGCGGAGGUACAGCGCUCUUGGUGUUGAGCUCGACGAACCUGCGUCUCGAGACGCGAGAUGGCUACACACACUUUGUGGCGAGGCCGCGGUCGCUGCUCGAGACGCUGGUCGUGACGAGCGAGGCGACAUGGGUGAUGUACGUCUUGUGCGAUGCAGUGCUGGUGCCGCUGGCGUCGGACGCGCUGCUGGCAGGGCCGCUUGGAAGUCUUCUUGUCUGUGUCUCGUACCUCAGUGUGUCGCGAUCGUACCUGGGCAACGACCUCGUGUGGUCGGGCUUUAACAUGACGGGCGCCCACGCAUUCUUAGCCACGUACUUCGUGCACUCGACGGUGCUCUCGACAGCGUCCCCAAGCCUACUCUCUUCCGACGUCAACCUCUUUGGCGCCUACGGCGCCACCUCCAGAGGCAUCGAUGCCCCAUACAAUUACGGCGCCAUGCUCCAGAUUGCACUUUCCAAGUCGCUCGAAACGGCGGUUUCCGGUCUACGCCAAACGGACGGCUGUCAUGCGCCGUGGCUGGCGACGGCCUACUGCUACGUCGAUUUAAACAUGCAAUGGGAACUCGCCAAUACACGACGCCGCCAGCAACGGUGCGCCGCCUCCAUGACCACCAACGGCGCCGUCUACCUCGAGACGGUCCUUCGCAAUGUCCCGUCAAAUGGCUGGCCCGCCUGCUGGGGGGCCUCAUUCGACCUCGCAAUUGGCGCUACGUUGAACAAGACCAACGCUGGACGCCACUGGCUUGCUUCGACAACCUCAAACGAUCGGGCGACCUUGGAUAUUUCUGAUGAAGUGGCCCACUGGCGUGCCCACGCCAUCUCGUCGUUCGAGAUGCAGUGGCAAAACUACAAGCACAUUGGACUGCUCCAGACGUACACUGUCACGAGCGCCUUUGGCAGCGUGUAUCCCUUUACGAUCCAAGCGACCAACGGCAGCUUUCGCUUUCCGCUGCAAACGUCGUUCAAGAUGUACUGGGGCUUUGGAAGCGACCUGACGAUGGUGCUUUACAACCAAACGUAUGCACUCCCGGGUACAUCGCUUGUCCGAGGCUCUGCUGCGUAUGCCUAUCAGAACGUCUCGUCGCUCGAGGCCAUGCUCUUUCUCAACGGAACGCUCACAGCGCCGCUGGACGAAGGGUUGGCUCUGGUGCGCAGCGCUCUGGGUCCGUUCGGGUCCAUGGACUUGCAGUACGUGGCGAUGCCAGCGUCCGUGCAGGCGCUGCUUCGAUCGACAUUUCUCUCCAUCGCAACGGCCCGUGUCGCGUCGGAAGAAUCGCGACGCUCGUUUGAAGCCCUCGCCGCCACAAUGGGGUAUGUUGUGUCGCCCGUCCCGUCGACGUGGCGAACCACCGGCUUUUUGGGGCUGGGGGGGUCCCCUCUCUGCCAAGCGAUUCUUCGCAACAAUGCGUCGCCUGCGAGCGGCGGCUUUCUCUCUUUGUUUCUGUUUUACGGCCAGUGCCACACGAGUGGCAUCGCGGCGCUGCUGCAGCCCACGACCGAUCACGUGCUGAUCGCUGCGCUUUUGGCGCCGCCGACCAACGCCACCGACAUGUGCGCCGUUGACGUGCAGAACGCGGCCCUCUGCAUGCUGUCAGCGGCUGCAACGACAAGCUUUGUAGCGCGCGCCCGCCUGGCGCCUGUGCCCGCCGACCUGGUCGCGACUGCAACGGCUGCGUUGGCGGCGCUGGAGAUCCGCCUUUUCCAGCUGGGCGCCACUACACGGACAUCACCAAUGGCACUUUACACGUACGACCUUUUCGACGCAAAGGAUCCCGUCUACCACUACUAUGCGUGGAUCUACAUGUACGACUGGCUCCUCGGCAAGCGUGAAGUCGUUCGGUUCACGGGGGACCACGGGACGCUCACCUUGCUCUCGGACCAAACUGUGUUUACGAGCAAAAUAAUUGCACCGAGCGAGUUCCCGACCAACUACGCAACGUACGCCCAAGCCGCCAACGAUUACGUCACCUUUGUCGGCAUUGGCCUUGCGGGGUGUACGUGGAUGUACAUUGCCAUUAGCCGCGGCCGCGUCGAAGGUCGCAACAUGCUGUCGCUGCACAGCGUCGGCAGCGUCGUCUGGAUUGGUCGACCGCUCCUGCUCCUUCGCAGUCUCACGGCCAUCUCGAUUCUCUCGACCGCGACGCUCCGACUCACGUCCCUCGGGCCGUUUGCUGUGUUUGUCUCGGACACGCCGCCGUGGUACACGACGAUCCUCGCCGCCAGCGAGGUCACGUGGCUCGGUGCGAUCGUUGUCGACAUCGGCCUUCCGCUCACGCGCGAGUUGACGCGGCACUUUACGCUUCUCAACAACCUCCUCGUGUGGACUAUCGCAGCAGCGCUGAGCUUUACGUCGCCCAACACACACACGCUGCGCCACCCCGAGCCAGCCUGCGACCUCGCCCAAGUCGACUGGCAGGUCGUGUGCGUCGCCGGAGACAUUGCAAUCGGUCAUCGCUCUCGCCUCCUUCUUCUGAUUGCGGUCGUCGUCGCAUCACAUCUGAUGUGCUUUCUGGUCGCACGCAUCUGGCUCCGGCAGUCCAGAUUGAGCAGAGUCCACUCGCACUUUUUAUCAUCGGGUGCGAUCUUCCUCUUCGCCCAUACGCACUGGCAGCGACACGGUGUGCUGUACAUGGACCGCGCCUCCGCCGUCUUUACCGGGCUCCUCUCGCUGCGGUUCCGCGGGCGGCUCUGGGUCUUUGACGUCAAGACGUGGCGGGUGUUUCAUCUACCGUCAGCAGCAGAAACAGAGAGCGACGCCGCGAUAGCGACAGCACUGCCGUUAAAGGAUGUCGUCGUGUAG